AUGUCCACCGUCAUAUUGGGCGGCGGCAUAAUCGGCCUGUCCACAGCCUAUUGCCUCUCUCUCAAACAACCAGCUCAAUCAGUCCACAUCAUCGACUCGUCGCCAACGUUAUUCACCUCAGCAAGCGGCUAUGCAGGGGGCUUUUUGGCCUUGGACUGGUUCAAUCCCUCCGUGUCAAGCCUGGGUGCGCUAUCAUUCCGUCUCCAUCGCGAAUGGGCCGAAAAACAUAACGGACCACGCCGAUGGGGAUACGCCGGCAGUCACGUCUACAGUCUCAACGUCGAGGACGUGGGGGGAGGUAAAGGCAAGACGGGAAAGAAGGCCAGAGGCGAAGAUUGGUUGCUUGAAGGCGCGAGUCGGGCAGGAGUCGCGAGGGCGAACUCCGAGACAGACGUUCAUAUCGUGGGCAGCGGUGGAAUGGUCAAUGAUGACGGGACACCGGCUGUGUUCACGCCGCACGUCGGAGGGACGAUGGAGACGAUAGCAGGGCCAGAAGAGUGCGCACAGGUCGAGCCGAGAGAGUUUUGCGAGUUUUUGCUGGAGGAGUGUCAAUGCAGACAUGUCCAGGUGCAUCUUUCGAUGAGGGCUGUCGGGGUCUUAACUGAUGGGGACGGCGUCUUGAAGGGGUUGAAGGUGCAAUCCACGUCUACCAACGGAAAUUCUCAGGACCACGACGUGAAAGAAGUCGAAUGUCGGAAUGUGGUCAUAGCUGCGGGGGCAUGGACUCCGAGGGUCUUCAAGACGCUGUUUCCCGAGAGCAAGGUGCGGAUUCCAAUCGAUCCCCUGGCUGGUCACAGUAUCGUGGUCAAAUCGCCACGGUACAAGACGCCUUUCAUCGACGCCUCCAAGCGACAUAUCGGUGGUGGAGAAGACAAUUGGCUGUGCUACUCUAUUUAUUGCGCGCCAGGCCAAUACUGGCCGUAUGCUCCAGAAGCAUAUGCUCGGUUGGCACGCAAUGGUGAGACGGAGAUCUGGCUGGGUGGAUUGAAUAGCAGCACAUUGCCUCUUCCAGAAUUGGCGGUGGAUGUCAAGGACAUGAUUGAUCCGAAGAGCAUCGAGAGUCUGCGCAAGACAACGGUGCAGUUGGCCGGGCGGUCCAAGGAAGGGGACGAGCCCAAUCAAGACGACUUGGAAACUGUCAGGGAAGCGCUCUGCUUCAGGCCCGUAAGUCAGAGUGGGAACCCGAUUAUCGGGAACGUGCCGGAGAAGGAUCUUGGUGGUGUAAAGCUGGAGGAUGGUGGUGUGUGGAUUGCCUCUGGUCAUGGCCCCUGGGGAAUCACUUUGAGUCCGGGCACGGGGCUGGUCAUGAGUGAAAUGAUAUUGGGCCAAAAGACCAGUGCAGAUGUGACGAGGCUUCAGAUUGGUUGA